AUAUGAAGUAUUGAUUGUAGUAAGUGCUAAAACUGAUAAAUACCCAGAGAAAUACCAAUCAAUCUCGAUCAGUCACGCAGUAAAUUAUCGAUCUGGUGAGGACACCGGUACGCGGUGACAGACGUUACCUCUUAAUAGAUAUGUUAGUGCCAAGACCUCAAAGGAAUACACAGAUUCUACAGUAGACACUUCUGAACGUUCUUAAUUCAAAGGUCAAACUUAGACUAUUUGGAAUAGGUAUACUUGGCCGUAUUGAAACUGACCUGUGCAAAUAUUUGCUUUUCGGACUCGUGGAUAGUUGGAGAGUGACAAUUUAGAAUGUAGUGGACGUUUCUAACUGGAGAAGGGCGCAAAGUAAAAUGUGAAUCGUGGUGACAUCGUCAUGACAUUGUUAUGGAAACGGAACGAAAUGGCGCUCAGUUGGACCUUACUGAUGACGAUGGUGGACAUGAGAGGACGGAAAAAAAUCCGCCAGUGAACAUUGUCGAAACAAUGAGUGAGGAAAACCAGGAGAAGGAUAUUGAUAGCAUUGUGUGUAAUAGUUCUAGCGAUAAAUUAACUUUGGAUUUAAAUGGCGAGGGGGAAUUACAGCCGACAGACGACACACCGGAUGGAGUGACAGAACGGACGGAAACGGCGGAGGAAAGCGAUGCGUUACAAACAGGCGAUAGAGAUGGGGACGAUAAAGACGAUGACGGCAAAGACAAUGAUGAAGGCAUUUCUGAUAAAGAUGAAGAGGAAAAGGAAGACGAAGAGCAGGUCGACGAGGAAGAGGAAGAAGAGCCGGAAACGGAAAUGACGGAGGAGGAAAGGGAGGCUAUGUACACCGCGGUGUGUGAGGGGGAUACAGCGACCUAUCAGAACUGUCUGGAUAAACCUAACGCUGACAUCAACGCCACUUGGUUUAACGAGAAUAUGCUGAUGGUUGCCAUGAGAACAGGCCAGAUGAAGAUGGCCGAGUUCCUGAUUGACAUCGGCAUUGAUGUCAACUACGAAAUCGAUCUAAUUGACUUACAUGAAAAAGAGAAAACCGGAAGUAAAAGAUUCGACUGUUACCGGAAGUCAUGUCGACAGAUUGCUUACGAGAAUGAUCAUGAGUUCAUUGUGGAACUGAUCGAUCUUAAAAAUGAGAAUUGGUUUCCUUACAAGAAGAAAACUCCACGCUGGUACAAGUUCACAAGACGACCAAUUCCCCCACCACUACCCCGAGUACCGGGAGAGGAGGAGGAGGUUGAAGAAGAAGAAGAAAAUGCAGACGAAUGCGAUGGAAAUGUAGAAAAAGGAGAAGACAGUGGAGAUGAAAACAAGCGAAAGGAAACAAAAAAAGAUGAGGAUGUAGACUCAGGACAUCAUAGUGGAAAGUUCGAUGAAAUAAGAGACGUCGAUGACAAUUUAUCGUUUCUCUCAGGUGAUAUUCUGAAAAGAAACGUAUUCGAACUCAAUGAUGACGGUUAUUGGUCAUUAACACAACGUAGUUCACCAUACAUGUGCGCGCCCGAGAAGCCCGAAAGGCCGGGUAUUUUAUCACGGGGGACGAAAGCUUCAAUUUUAUUGCGAAAACAUACGAACCAGAUGCUAGAUCACAGAAAAUGUUCAAAUAGUGCCAAAGAAAGAAACGUGACUGUUGUACAGGCAGUUGGUAGUUAUGCUCAGGAAAGUAAGUUAUGGAAACGCAAAAGCGUUGACCAAGGUUCUGUUGAAAGUAUUCCUUUCCUCGCCCGAAUGCAUUCUGCGAAAACCACUUGCAGUGAACCAGUUAAAACGACGCAGAAUCAUUUCCGGUCAUCACGACGACAGCGCCCCCUAACGACUCAGUCUGCAUUCUCACAGGUAUCAAAGAUUUUAGGCGAGUCGCAUCUCUUGCGACCACAGAAAGAACCACCUCUACCGUUCAUCAACACUACACAACAACGACCGCCGAUAAAACGUACGACAAAGGUCAAUCCUUGGUGUCAUGGCAACUCCACUGGAGUAAUGCAUAAACUCUCCAACGUAAAGAUACAAAAUAGAAUUGCUGAUCCAAACUUCCAUGUAGAACGCCAGCUCUACCAACGAACCAGGAACUCGUAUUCUGGUAUUUCGUGAUCAGCAAACCUGCCAUUGACUGUACAUAACCUGUGAUUAAUAAAGUUUAUGAUAUGUCCAGGGCCCGGAUGUUCGGAUGAUGUAUGUGAAACACAAUAAUUUAAAGAUGGAUUUUAUCAGCAUUAUAACCUGAUUGCAGUCCUGGACUGUACAGUCAGAGUAUCAUAAAUGUUCUACAAUUUAUCCCUGAUGGGAGAUGAGUCGGUAAACAAUGGAAACUAAAUGCGUAUGGAGGUUCACGAAUUUGGCAUUUAUAUCUUUUCAAAUUAUAAAGGUCUAGUAAACCCAUUCACUAAAAGUCAGUUCGAUCGGCUACCAGUUUGUCUAUCCAAGGGGAUGUACUGAUGUUUUCCACACAAUCUCUUCCCCGAAUUCCAGUGUUUUUAAUGUUCAUGGGUUGAUUUUUGGGGAAGAGGUGCCACGAUGUCAAGUAGGCGUUUAUGGUUCUGCUAUACCACUGUACACGGACUUACAUAUAGAUAAAUAAAUUCGUUUAUUGUCCAUGUUGACAGCGUUUUACUAAUACAGUAGUAAAAUGAUUUGUAAUGUAGAGUCAUCACAAUUUAUAGAGUUCUGACAUUUUAUGUUUAGUUUAAAAUGUACAGUAGUUAUAAUUGUACUGGUAUUCAUAACAUGUCCAUGUCGACAGGUAUAAAGCAGGUGUAUCGAUAAUCAGUCACCUCAGUAGCGUUACAAUCUAGUCAUCGACAUCGUAAGGCUAUACAAAGGGAGAUAAUUCUACAAUCCUAACGUGAUCCAGGAAAUGAGAUUUGGCAUAGCUGUUCUCGUUGUAUUGCUAGUUGGGUAAUGUACAUAAAAAUGAAAUGUCUUUCAUCUCUGCAUAAUGUAAACUAGUAAUGUCAAUAUAGCGUUACAUAACUACAAUGAUACUAUUUAUUUUUUCAUGAAGAAAUGUGACGCGUUUUUCAUUAAAUAAUGAUAACUAUAG